AAUUAUCUUAUCCUCAUUCCUAGCCUUAAUCUUCGUAAAAUUUGCAAAACUCGCAAAGAAGCAAUAGAAAAGGGAAAACGAUAGCCUACGUACAAAUUAGUAGGGUGUAAAAAUACCAUUUUAAGUUGAUAAGCAUUGGUAACAACAAUCGAAAAUCAUUUUUCAAUUAGUUAACAAAAGCAGAUAAAAAUUGUCAGUAUAGUAAACAAGUGAAGCAAAAAAAAAAAAAAAAAACAAAUAAUAAUAAUAAAAAUGAAUGAAUAGAAUAAUAUUCAUAUAAAUAAAUAAAUAAAAAAACUCAUUUAAUCAGAGCAGAUGUCUAAGGGCACAAUAUAUUAAUUAAAUAUGUUUUUGUAUAAAAAAUAAACUCUUAAUUUGAACUUGAAGGCUUAGGAAAAUAACUAAAACUUAAGGACGGUCUUUAAAUAAAUUUAAUUUAAAAAAAAUGAAUAAAUAAACAAGUAAAAGUAAAUUUAAUUAAAAAUUCCUAACGGGUUUUGGCCGGAAUCUAAAAAAAAUGUUAAAUUUGAAUACAUUCAAGUGUUUUAGAGAUUUAACAACAGCAGCAGCCACCCAACAGCAGUUACAGCAACAACGACUGAGCCAGCAUAGUAAAACCAGAAACUCCUGCUUUAAUUUUACCAAAUUUUUAAAACACCUGAAGAUGGACGGACAUCCCUACACAAUGUUAACCCUUCUAUUAGUAAUAAUGGCCAUCGGUUUGUGUACAGACACUGUUCUGGGUAAUCCAACGCAGCAACAACACCAACACCAACAACAACAAUAUCAGCAAACGAACACGGUAAGAGUCCAGCAAUGCCGCGAGGGAUGCUUAGAGAAGUUUACAACAAGAGAUGCGUUGUGUCAGCAAAAUUCAGCAUGUUUACGGUGUUGGGAAGAAUGCAUUAAAUCGCCGCCGGCUAAAAUGAGCAAAUCAAUACGUGAGACAUGGUCAUUACACACGGUUUCAAUGUUGCAACAAGACUCCUUAGUGCUUGUAGACGUUGCUUGGGAACCGCUCAGUUUACCAAAUCAAUGUCUUGUGACAUGGGAAGUAUCUGGCGGAGGCUUAAUGGGAAAUCUACUUACAGAAUCUUUUAAUGUUCAAUUGUCAUUGUGGCCAGAUACCAACUACCGAGUGCAAGUUACUUGCAAAAAUAAGCUCACUGGUUUAAUGUCACGUUCACUACCUCUAACAAUCGACACAUCUGACGCUGUAAAGUCAUUGGAUACAAAUCUAUUGCAAAUACGUCCUACAUUGAGGAAACAAGUAAUCAAUCCCUACAUAACUAAUAAACCGAUAAUAAGAUCGACAGCAUCUCAGGCACCGAUCGAACCGGUGACUAAAAAGCAAAUGUCAAAUUCAUUUGAUUCUAACGUUGUGCCAUACGAAGAUCAAUCAGCUGAACAUACAAAUUUCAUAUUUAAUUGGCAUAUGCGUAAAAACAGUGACAUCAGUUCUAUCGAACCGUUGAAUAAGCCCGAUCUAAAUAUGUUAACAAUUGCCGCCUUAUCUGAUAUGCAAAAACCUUUGGUCUUCGGUAUGGUAGCGGGUACAAUAUUGUUAACAUUCAUCCUGUUACUCUAUGUUUGCAUGAUGCGGCAACAGCGUUUAACUAGUGAUAAAACAUCGCUAAUGGGUGAUGAAGUGCAUGCUCAAGUAAUGUCAAUGCCUCCAGUGUUACCAGCUACAACGGUUGCAGCAGCAACUGGAACGACAGUGCUACGUAACAGUGAGGAUAUAUGCAAAAAUCCUGCCUCUUGCUCAAGAUAUGCACUUAAAGUGUAAAGCGUAAAGUAACUGAGACGAAAAGCGGCAGCCGGCAUGUAAACGAGUGAGUAAUAAUACAAAAUAAUAACAAUGAAAAACAAGCUAAAGGGAAGUGCAAAUCUUUGAAGUUAAAUAGAAAAAAAAAAA